GACCGUGACGAACCCGUCGAUCGUACCUUUUCCUGAGUGGGAGCGAUAUCAGCUACGCAUUGAUUGGUUGAACUCGGUUACACCUCAAUAUACAGCAUUAACAGCGGCCAUACAGCCCGGAAAUAACCGGGCUCAUAUAUUUCAUGGAAUAUUAUAACUAGGACAAUAAUACUAUACAUCUUCAGGAGAAAAAUGGCACUGAAACGAAUCAAUAAGGAACUACAAGAUCUAGGCAGAGAUCCACCUGCACAAUGUUCAGCUGGUCCAGUUGGAGAUGAUUUAUUUCACUGGCAAGCAACAAUAAUGGGUCCACCAGACAGUCCAUAUCAGGGUGGUGUAUUUUUCCUCACGAUACAUUUUCCAACAGAUUAUCCAUUUAAACCGCCAAAGGUUGCCUUUACAACAAGAAUAUACCACCCUAAUAUAAACAGCAAUGGCAGUAUCUGUUUGGAUAUCCUAAGGUCGCAGUGGUCACCUGCAUUAACUAUAUCUAAAGUGUUGCUGUCAGUUUGCUCACUACUAACUGAUCCAAAUCCUGAUGAUCCCUUGGUACCAGAAAUUGCCAGAAUAUAUAAAUCAGAUGACCAAAAAUAUAACCGUUUAGCUAAAGAAUGGACUACUAAAUAUGCCAUGUGAUGUUUACAUACACAAGCACUUCACUGAGUGGAGAACAGCCUAGAGGAGACUUGACAGACAAGAAGCACAAGUGCUGCUGUUCAAAUUUACAUUUUCAUACAACAUAUUGAAAUGUGAGAAAAACAUUGAUUUUGUGUAAAAAUGUUAGUCCAUUGUGUGAUUUUGUUAAAUUCAUAAUGUAUUCAAUUCUAAACACUUACUAUCUUGUAAGUGUUGGGGACCAGCUGGAUGCCCAUUUUAGUUGUUUUAUAUUGGUUUUGCUGUGAAAACAAUUCCGACCAUUGUUUGAUGCAUGCACAGGACAUUGCUUAGAAUGAAUGUGAACCGUGUAAGCUUUCAGUUACGAUGAAAACUAUGUACUAGUAGUGCGUUUCUCUAAUGCUACUGUAGUGCCCGCUUCAUUGGAGCAUUUUUAUAUAUAGACAAAAACAAGUUACAUUUUGAUUAAUUUUACUAUUACAAUAUUGGCAGAAGUUCCUAAUAACGAUGGAAGGCAUAACAGUAAUGUGGCAUUAUUGGUCAAAGGUCAGGGUCAUAGACAAUAGAAUUUCUAUUUCACAAUUGAAAGAUUCUGAUGGUCAUUCACAAGUACAUUAACCUUUGACAUACGUUGGACAAGAUUAUAUGAGAGCUAUUGGUUGAAGUUGGUUCAAGUUAAGAUCACUAUUACUAAAAUAUCAAAAGAAAUCACUGCACUAUCCGUCGGGUAAAGAAUACUAUCAAGUUGAAAUGUGUUCUAAAACUUCACGUCACUGUUAGGAUAUAUUUGAUAGGCAAUUCCCUAGAAGGUAGAUCUUGUGAUGCCCAUUAUGGAAUAAAAAUAAGCCAAACAGCAACUAUAGGGAUCUAAUGCAGGACCUACCCCAUGUCAGCAACUAUAGGGAUCUAAUGCAGGACCUACCCCUUGUCAGCAACUAUAGGGAUCUAAUGCAGGGCCUACCCUGUGUCAACAACUAUAGGGAUCUAAUGCAGAACCUACCCCGUGUCAGCAACUAUAGGGAUCUAAUGCAGGACCUACCCCGUGUCAGCAACUAUAGGGAUCUAAUGCAGGACCUAACCCGUGUCAGCAACUAUAGGGAUCUAAUGCAGGGCCUACCCCGUGUCAGCAACUAUAGGGAUCUAAUGCAGGACCUACCCCGUGUCAGCAACUAUAGGGAUCUAAUGCAGGACCUACCCCGUGUCAAACCUACACUUAACCAAUGCUUCCAACAACUGUUUGUGUUGGCAAGGGAAAUACAGCUAAGCCUGAGAAACAACUACCCAGUGUCAAAAGAAAACAGCUCAGUAAUAGAGAACUUGUUCCUGUUUAUAAUUUGGGCAAUGGUACCCUUUACUUUAAAUGUGAUCGCUGUAGCAGCAGUCUUCCCUGACUUUAUGACUACUAACAAAUAUGAUUUCACAAUUGAUCUGCCAGGGAUGGGAGUAAAUGCAGUUGUGAGCCUUGUUUAUAUAAUCACUCUCUCUAGUAUCAUGUGUUGUAAUCAUACCAAUCAAUAAAAGUGUAUGGUUAUAUGGAAUUAUGUUGUGGAUUUCACGAGUUUUCACAAGUGUGAAAGGUGAUGAUGAGCUACAAAUGCAUCCUUUCUAUAGUGCUAAUUGAAUAAAUCAACCUGACAUGGAAAUAAUGUUGUUUACAUCACGAUAACUGUGUUACUAUUAUUUUGAAAAUACAAAUUAGUUUAACACAUUUUUGUACAUGCAUGAGUCUGUCGAAACCUCAACUACUUCAUGGUAGACUAAACACUAAAGUCUCUAAAUUGAAUAUAUGCAACAUUUUAUUAAAAUUUUGUACAAUAUGUCAUCUUAGAAAUUGGAAAAAUCUCAUGUUUAUUCCAAUCUUGUGAAUUGCUUCAUGAUGGGUUUGCCCUCACAUUUUGAAACGGUUGCAUCACAUCAUUAGCUUUUAAUUUGUUAAGUCAAACAGGUCACCCUAUAGAAGCUUUAUUGAAACAUUUUUCAUCUGUCCCUGCCACAAUCCAUUCAUGGUACCAUAACCACUACUGAAUAAUAUAAGUCUGGAUGUUAAUACAACUUUAAUAGGGGCCUUAAUUUGGUGAGGUGUUUUGAUGAUGUGAAAUAACUUACCUUUUUGAACUGCAUCAGUAUGUCACUGUUGAUAUUUGUCAAUAUGGAUUCGAGGGUAUUUUCCCGAGAAUUAACAUUGAGCUCUUUUCAGUCUCAAAAAUGACAUAAUAUUCAGAAACAAUGAGAAAAAAAUCAGCUGAUUAAGUGUUGAAAUAGACGCUAGAAUGUUUAAAUGUUUGAGACUUGAGUGUCGAUCUACCUUCAUAACACAUCAGUGUCAUAAUACUUCAGUUUCUGUUUGGUUUAAGUUUUUGUCUCUCACAUGUGCUUUGAAGGUGAAAAUAAAAAACAUUGCAAAUAA